CAAAAAAAAAAAAAAAAAAAAAAAAAAAAAAAAAAAAAUCAACGAGAGAGAAAGCGAUCAGAAAAGAAAAGCCAAGAGAGAGAGAGAGAGAGAGAGAGAAGAGGUAAGAGGAGAGAAAACCACAACCAGAGAGAGAGAGACAGGAAAAAAAAGAAAAAAACAAAGAUGGAGAGCCAAGAACAAGAUUAACAAGUUAUUCAAGGAGGUGGUAGCCCAAUAAGACCCAAUUUUUUCUCAUCCCACCUACCAUCUCCGAAUAAUUUCCUUUUUCUUUAUUCAUUUUUAUUUAUUUAUUUUUAAUCUUUUUCCCCACCACCCCAUGCGGCGAGGAGGAGGAGGAGGAGGAGGAGGAGGAGGAGUAGGAGGGAGAGCCACAGAUCCAGCAUCGUCAAGAUUACGAAUUGAGAACAAACCCAUCGUUGGUCCAGAUUCUAAUAAAUCCCCACUUCAAGAAAUUAGAUUUCGAGGCGUUCGCAAGCGUCCCUGGGGAAGAUUCGCCGCCGAGAUCAGAGACCCUUGGAAGAAGACCCGUGUUUGGCUUGGCACUUUUGACUCCGCCGAGGACGCCGCACGCGCCUACGACGCCGCCGCUCGGUCUUUACGUGGGCCCAAAGCCAAGACCAACUUUCCCUUGCCGGCGAACCCUCAUUCCGGCCUUACCCAUAUCCCCCUUUACCACCAGCAUGAGUUCCACGACGACAGGGUUUCGUCCAAGAUUGAUGUUAUUCAGGCCAGCCGGCCAACCUCUAGCAGCCUCAGCAGCACCGUUGAGUCCUUCAGUGGGCCCAGGGUUUCGACCCGUGAACAACCGGUCAGGCCUGUCGUCGUUCCCAGGCUGACCCGUAGGGCUUCCAACCCGGUUCCGCCUGAUGAUGAUUGCCACAGCGACUGCGAUUCGUCUUCCUCUGUUGUUGAUGACGCCGCCGCCGAUUGCGUCCUCACAUCUUCCUCGGUUCAGAGAAUCUUGCCCUUCGAUCUCAACCUACCUCCUCCAAUGAUGAUGAUGGACGGUCCGGAUUUCUUCGGUGAUGAUGAUCUUAAAGCCACCGCUUUAUGCCUCUAAUAUAUAUCUUCUUUGCUUGAUUAAAAAUGGAUCUUAAUAACGGUCCUUUUUUUUUUUUUUGGUCAUUUCUUCUGUUUUUGUUCUAUUUUUACUCGGGAAAAAAUGAUUAAAAAAAAAAAAGAAGUAAAAUUUGGUACUCUGGAUAUGGUGGCAGAAGAUAAUUUGUUUUUUUUUUAUUUUUUAUUUUAUUUUCCCUAAUUCUACUUUGUUAGAUUAUUGUGUUGUAGAAUAGCAUUCUGGUUUUUUAUCCAACAUCAUGGGCUUUCGAAUAUUGUCUGUAUUGUUGAAGCUAAUAUAGAUCUUGUUACCAAUCUAAGUGGAUCUUAUUUGGGUUUUGCCUCUUUCAUCUGAUUCCCAUCACUCCCAACAUUUUUUUUUUUCCCCUAUGUGUACAAGACGUUGUCUAAUAAAAAACAAUAAUAGUUAAUGAUUUUAAUUUU